GCCAUGUCGGGAGCGGCGGGGCCGGGCCGCGCCCCGCUGCCCUGCGCCGUCCGCGCCGCCGCCGCGCUGCAGCUGCCCGGGGGGGCCGAGGCGGCUCGGCCCGGCGUGGCCGUCAUCGACCUGCGCUUCCCCCGGGGCGGCGCCGCCGAUGUGCACGAGAUCGUCUUCAAGAACUUCUACACCGCCUUCCUCAGCGUGCGGGUGCAGCGGGCCGGCCCCCCGGGGCCCCGCAGGUGGGUCACCUGCCUCCGCGACCACCGCCUGAUGCCCAGCCCGCACACCGAGGAGGGCUCCCAGGACUACUUCUCGCUCCGCCGCCACCAGAUGCUGUGCGACAUGGAGCAGGUGACGGCGCUGCGCUUCAUCCUGCGGCAGCCCUCCCCGGCCUGGCUGCACUUCAGCAUCGAGGAGCUGCAGGUGUUCCCCCCUGCCCAGAAGAGCCCCCAGAAGGAUUUCCCCUCCUGGCUCUCCCAGCUGACCCCUCCGGAGCAGCCGGCCAGCCCGCACGGGGAGCUCCCCGACCCGGAGAAGGUGUCGACGGAGGUGCAGCAAAUGUGGGUGCUGACGGAGGUGAUCCGGGCUCGCCAGGCGGCCACCCGCAUUGGGCGCUUCGACGUGGACGGCUGCUACGAUGUCAACCUGCUCUCCUACACCUGAGCCUCGACGGGACCCGGCGUGGACGCUGCUGUGCCCGAGAUCCUCCCGCGGGGGCCUUCACCCCCCGCCGGCGGGGCCCUGCCCCGAGCCCCUCCGCCUUCCUCGCCCUUCGCUCCGCGGCGGGGGAUGGGGGGGGGGGGGGGGAGCCCCGGAUAAACGCUGCUGUGGCGCUGC